AAUGUAGUUCAACCUGCUUAAUUGAAACAUUAACCCACAUGUGAGAAAAAUUUGUAAACAUUUAAAAUCAAAAUUGAAAUUAUUUAAAUUAAAAUGGAUAACAAAACCAAAAGAAAACAAAUUGAUCUUCGAAUUACUAAGAUGAUCAAAAAUGGAGUAGAUACGAAGCAUCGAACGAUGUUUGUAAUUGUUGGCGACAAAGCCAGAGACCAAGUACCAAUUUUGUACGAGUUCUUGAAGAAAUCUGCAGUGAAAGCUCAGCCAACAGUUCUUUGGUGCUAUAAAAAUAAAGACGAAGCAAUCUCAAAUCAUGGUCGAAAAAGAGCAAAGAAAAUCAUGGAAGGAAAGGCAAAUAUGGAGGAUAAUUUGUUUGAUACUUUCCGAUGCACUACAACAAUUCAUGGAAAGUACUAUAAAGACACUCAUCAGAUUCUUGGACGAACUUAUGGUGUUUGCGUUUUACAAGACUUUGAAGCUAUAACUCCUAAUUUGCUAGCGAGAACAGUUGAGACAGUUGAAGGUGGUGGUCUUAUUAUUUUGCUUUUAAAAACAAUUACAUCUUUAAAGCAACUUUAUACGCUCAACAUGGAUAUUCAUAAAAGAUAUCGAACAGAUUCACAUCAAGAUAUCAAAUGUCGCUUCAAUGAACGUCUCAUUCUUUCAUUAGCUGAUUGUGAGCGAUGCUUGCUCGUCAAUGACGAACUUAAAGUUUUGCCAUUGAGUCGUAAAACAGCAAAUGUUGAUUUAAUCGACUCGAGUUUGAAAUUAAAGUCACCAAAUGCAGAAGGGUUGGAAGAAUUAAAAGAAUCGCUUCGUGAUACUCCACCAGCUGGUCCUUUAAUAAAUCUUUGUCGAACAUUGGACCAGGCAAAAGCAGUUGCUCAAUUUAUAGACUCGCUAGCUGAGAAACAAUUAAAACCACCAACUUCAUUGACUGCAGCUCGUGGUCGAGGAAAAUCAGCUGCAAUGGGACUUGCAGUUGCUGGAGCAAUUUCCUUCGGUUAUAGCCAAGUUUAUGUGACGUCACCAUCACCUGAGAAUUUGAUAACAUUCUUUGAAUUCAUUCUCAAAGGUUUUGAUGCACUCGCUUAUCAAGAACAUCUCGAUUACACAAUCAUCAGAUCAAUCAAUCCCGAGUUCAACAAAGCGAUUGUGAGAAUAAAUUUGACUCGUAACAAUCGACAAACUAUUCAAUAUAUUUCACCUAACGACGCUCAUCUUUUGAAUGCUGCUGAUCUUUUAAUUAUUGAUGAAGCAGCUGCAAUUCCUUUGCCACUUGUUAAAGCUUUACUUGGACCAUUUCUUGUGUUUAUGGCAUCAACAAUAAAUGGAUAUGAAGGAACUGGAAGAUCGUUGAGUCUUAAAUUGCUUUCUCAAAUUCAGAAAGAAAACAAUGCACCGCCUCCUAUAAAACUCGAGGAAUCAAUUCGUUAUAAUCCAAAUGAUCCGGUUGAGAAAUGGUUGACUUCACUUUUAUGUCUUGAUGUACAAGCUGUGCCUCAUUUAAGUAGUGGUUGCCCAACUCCAGAUUCAUGUGAACUUUACUACAUUAAUCGUGAUGCUUUGUUUUCCUAUCAUCGUGCAUCUGAACACUUUCUUCAACGUCUUAUGUCAAUAUUUGUUUCUUCUCAUUACAAAAACACUCCAAAUGAUUUACAAAUGUUGAGUGAUGCACCAGCACAUCAUCUGUUCUGUUUAUUUGGACCUAUAACAAAAACUGACCGACUUCCUGAGAUUCUUGUUGUGAUUCAAGUUUGUUUGGAAGGAAAAAUCUCUCAAAAACGUCUUAAUGAUUCAACAGGUUCAAAAGCUGCUGGUGAUUUAAUUCCAUGGAAUGUUUCUGAGCAAUUCAAUGAUCGAGAAUUCACAAAAUUGUCUGGAGCAAGAAUUGUUCGUGUUGCAACUCAUCCCAAUUAUCAACGAAUGGGAUAUGGAAAGAAAGCAAUUCAAUUGAUUAAAAAUUAUUACGAAGGAAAAUUUGCAUCAUUGAAUGAAAAUGAUGAUAUUGAUGAUGAUGAUGAGGUUUCCGACGGAUUUGAAGAAAUUAAUGAUGAAGAUGCUGACUUAUUAACAGAAAGCAUCACGCCUAGAACGAAGCCCCCAACGCUUUUGAAACGUUUAUCAGAAAGAAAACCUGAAAUUCUCGACUAUAUUGGUACGUCUUAUGGCUUAACUCAAGAAUUGUUAAAAUUCUGGAAAAGUCAAAAGUUUAUUCCAGUUUAUUUAAGUCAAAAAGAGAACGACUUAACUGGUGAACAUUCGUGCAUUAUGAUUGCAUGUUUAAAUGGUGAACGUAUUGAAACAAAAGAUUGGCUUCAACAAUAUUUUAUUGAUUUUCGCAGAAGAAUCUUAAAAUUGUUACCAAAGAGUUUUAAGAAAUUCACAACUGCGUUGGCAAUGUCCUUGAUGGAUAACAAAAAUGUGACAGUUAAAGGAAAGGAGAUGACACAUGACGAGCUUAAUUCUUACUUUAUUCCACAUGAUGUUCAACGCUUGGAAUCUUAUAUUCGGAAUCAAAUUGAAUAUCGUUUGAUUUUGGACCUCACAACAGAUUUGUCUUCAUUAUAUUUCCAAUCGAAACUUCCGAAUGCUCCUUUAGAUGCACUGCAGAAAGCAAUUCUUCUUGGAAUCGGAUCAAUGAAUAAAAAUUUAGAUCAAUUGUCAGCUGAGUUUAACAUGCCGCCAAGUCAAGUGCUUGCAAAAUUCUACGAUACUUUGAAGAAAAUGACAAAAAAUAUUCUUCAAAUCAUGCAAAAGACAAUUGAAAGUGAAAUGUUAGGAGAACAACAACUUAAUCAAGGAAAAGAAUUUAAACCUCUGGAACAGACAAUGGAUGAAGAACUGGAUGAAGAAGCUAAAAAGUUAGAGAAAAAACAGAAAAAAGAACUCAUAAAGCUUAAAAAAGAGUCGCUAGCACAAUUUGCUAUUAAAGGAACUGAUGGUGAUUGGGCGAAAGCGUUACAAAAUAAUGGAAAUAAAAAAUCAAUUGUGUCAGUGAAAAUUGGCGAAAAACGAAGUCUUGAAUCAGUUGAAUCAAAAGCGGAUGUUGAAGAUGAAAAGCCUGGAUGGAAUAAGAAUAAAAAAAUGAAGUUUAAGCAACAUGAAAUUAUAACGUUUUAUGAAAUCAUGACGAUAAAACCCAUAGUUAACCAAAAAGCUGUAAAUGAUGAUAAAGAUCAGAAUGUGCAGCGUGAUAAACGUUUAACAACAGAAAGAUUCGAUAGACGUUCUAGUAGCAGUAAAAGUCAUGGUCGCGCUAAUAAACGUGAUAAUAAACGCGACAAAACUGUCGUACAAACGAAAUAUCAAACACCAUCACCAUCAUCAAUCGCCACUUUAAAUAAUGCGAAAAAGCAACAAAUCCCAUGCACAAGUGCAUGCUCAAGUCAACAACAAAAUACAAGUGGAAGCUCCAUUCCGAGCUCUCCGGAAUGUUCAAACAGUGGAAAUAGUAGUUUAUCAAAUAACAGCUGUGUUAACAAUAAAGCAGACCAAGUCGAUAUUCUUGAGAUACUUGAAGAAAAAGUUUCGGGCUAUAACAGUGGUGAUGAACAUCUUGGAACAAAGGAACAUGAUUUGUCAAGUGAAGAAUGGAAGAAACGUGAUGAAAAAUUCUCGAAAGCUUUGUCGGAAAGAGGUUUGAUCAUCAAAGAAAUGGAAGAAGAUGGUGCUUGUCUUUUUCGAGCAAUAUCAUAUCAACUUUAUGGUGAUCAAGGAAUGCAUGAUGUCAUACGACAGCAAACAAUGGAUUACAUCUAUCAGAAUCGUGAAUAUUUCGCACAAUUUAUAACUGAAGAUAUUACACAUUACGUUAAUCGUAAGCGUCAAAAUCAUCUACAUGGCAAUCACAUUGAGAUUCAAGCAAUGUCUGAAAUGUACAAUCGUCCUGUUGAGCUUUAUUGUUACGAGAUGACACCAAUUAAUAUCUACAAUUCAGAGCAAAUCAAUAAUGGUUAUGAACCAUUGCGUCUCUCGUAUCAUCGAUAUUCACAUUACAAUGCCAUUUUGGAUCCUUACAAGUCAUCUGUUGGGGUUGGUUUAGGUCUUGCUGGGUAUCGACCAGAAGAUUUCGAUCCUGCAAAGCAAGUAAGUGAUGCAUGUCAAAUGAGUGAACAGCUGGAAAUUGAAAAAAUGAUGGUGGAAGAUAAACUGAAGACGACAGAUUGGGAAGCAACAAGUGAAGUUGUUGUGGAACAGAUUGCAAGGCAAUCUUAUCUUCAGUUUUGUAAGGAAAAUAUGAACAAAAAAAUGAAUGGCAAUAAAAGCAGUACAAGUACUGUAACAUCAACCGAAGCUUGUGGAAGUUCCAGUUCAACAAUGCCAUCUUGUGAUUUGCCAGUAGCAUGUCAACAGAGUUGCUCAUCAAAUCAAUCUCAUGAGUCGGAACAAAGUUCAAGCCCUUAUUUAGAAUAUUACAUGCAGACUUCUCAAGGACGACGUGGUAAAAAAAGGCAUCAUCACCAUCACAUCGAGAAAAGAAAACAAGAAGAUGUGACGAAAGGGAAAGAUCAGACUUCAAGUCCUAAAAGAAAGAGAUUAACACCCUCACCAAGUCCACAAAGUUCAGCUUCAUCUGUCUCAGGUGGUGAUAGCGAUACAGAGAAACCAUUAUCUGCAUUUUAUCAAUCACUUUUGGAAUCAUCUUAUGCAGCUGAUGGAUUCAAUCAAAUGAGCGAAAAAGAAAUGAUGCAACAAGCAUUAAUGCAAUCAAUUCAAGAUAUAUCUAAAACGAGGCGAAGUAAAAACAAUACUGAUGAUGAAUAUGAUUCACCGAUGACGACAGAUAUUUCAAUUGUACGUUGGGAUCCAAGCCAAAACAACGGCCAGGAGUACAUAGACGAAUACGAGUACGAUGGAGGAAAUUCAAGUUCCCGUCUUUUCGAACGAUCUCGAAUUAAGGCGUUAGCGGAGGAACGUGAAACAGUACAAAAGAAGACUUUUACGAAAUGGGUGAACUCUCAUCUGGUUCAUGUCAACUGCCGAAUCAAUGACCUUUAUACGGACAUGAGAGAUGGUAAAAAUCUUAUCAAGCUCCUUGAGAUCUUAUCCGGUGAGCGUUUACCACGACCAACAAAAGGAAAAAUGAGAAUUCAUUGUCUGGAAAAUGUUGACAAAGCUCUUCAAUUCUUACGUGAUCAGCGUGUUCAUUUAGAGAACAUUGGAGCUCAUGAUAUUGUCGACUUUUCAAGACCAUCGAAGGAAAAAUUAAUUUGUAAAAUAUUUUCAGCAAUUGAAAAACUCAGCAAGACGAAUCCUAUUUAUAACUUAAACUUGGCUUUUAAGACCGCCGAAGAGAAGUUGGGCAUCUGUAAGUUGCUUGAUCCUGAAGAUGUCUUCACCGAAAAUGGAAUUCCAGACGAAAAGUCAAUCAUCACUUAUGUCGUAACCUACUACCAUUACUUCAGUAAGAUGAAGCAAGAAACAGUGCAAGGGAAACGUAUUGGAAAAGUUGUUGGCAUCGCGAUGGAAAUUGAUCGUAUGAUCAACGAUUAUGAAACAUUCACCAGCGAUUUAUUAAAAUGGAUUGAAACGACAAUCACACAACUUGGCGAACGUGAAUUUGCCAACUCAUUAAAUGGUGUGCAACAACAACUAGGACAAUUCUCAAAUUAUCGAACUGUUGAGAAGCCACCGAAGUUUGUCGAAAAGGGAAAUCUUGAAGUUUUGUUGUUUACAUUACAAUCGAAGAUGCGAGCAAAUAAUCAGAAACCUUACACACCGAAGGAAGGUAAAAUGGUUGCUGAUAUCAACAAAGCUUGGGAGCAUUUGGAGAAAGCUGAACAUGAACGUGAAUUAGCUCUUCGUGAAGAAUUGAUUCGUCAAGAGAAGCUUGAGCAAUUGGCAGCACGCUUUAAUCGUAAAGCAUCAAUGCGUGAAACAUGGUUGUCUGAGAAUCAGCGACUUGUUAGCCAAGAUAACUUUGGAUUUGACUUAGCAGCUGUUGAAGCAGCAGCGAAGAAACAUGAAGCAAUUGAAACUGAUAUUUUCGCUUAUGAAGAGCGAGUUCAAGCUGUUGUAGCUGUUUGUAAUGAAUUGGAAGCCGAAAAUUAUCACGACAUCGAUCGAAUUAUUGCAAGAAAAGAGAAUGUCUUACGUUUGUGGGGAUAUUUGCUUGAAUUAUUACGUGCACGUCGUUUACGUUUGGAAAGUUCAAUUCAACUUCAACAGAACUUCCAAGAAAUGAUUUACAUUCUUGAUUCAAUGGAGGAGAUCAAGCAACGUCUCUUAACUGACGAUUAUGGAAAACAUUUGAUGGGUGUCGAAGAUUUACUUCAGAAGCAUUCAUUGGUUGAAGCUGACAUCAACGUUUUAGGUGAACGCGUCAAGCAAGUCGUUCAAAACUCACAACGAUUCCUUUCUGAAGAAUCAGAAGGAUUCAAACCAUGCGAUCCAUCAAUCAUUGUUGAUCGUGUUCAACAACUUGAAGAUGCUUAUGCUGAACUUGUUAAGUUGGCAGUUGAACGUCGUUCACGUUUGGAAGAAAGUCGUAAAUUGUGGCAAUUCUAUUGGGACAUGGCUGGCGAAGAGAAUUGGAUUAAAGAGAAGGAACAAAUUGUAUCAUCGGGGGAGAUCGGUCAUGAUUUGACGACAAUUAAUUUGUUAUUGUCCAAACACAAAGCACUUGAAUCUGAAAUUAAUUCACAUGAUCCACAAUUGAUGUCAGUCGUUGCUGUUGGUGAUGAAUUAGUUCGUCAAGGACAUUUCGGAUCAGAUCAAAUUAAAGAUCGAUUGAAGGAGAUUCUUGCAACAUGGAAUCAUCUCUUGGAUUUGACAGCAUAUCGUCGUAAGCGUUUGGAAGAUGCCGUCGAUUACUUCCAAAUGUUUGCUGAUGCUGACGACAUCGAUGCUUGGAUGCUUGAUGCACUUCGUUUGGUAUCAUCGGAAGAUGUUGGACGUGACGAAGACAAUGUCCAAUCUUUGUUGAAGAAACACAAAGACGUCGCUGAAGAAUUGAAGAGUUAUUCAGAUACAAUUGACCAACUUCAUGCUCAAGCUGGUAAACUCACUCUCAACGACGAAGAACAACAGAAAGUUAAUGAACGUCUUGGAGCUAUUGACGCUCGUUACAAGGAGUUGAUGGAACUUUCCAAACUUCGCAAACAACGCUUGUUGGAUGCUCUCAGUUUGUAUAAAUUGUUAUCAGAAAGUGACGGCACAUGGUUGACAAAAUCACAGACAGAUGUUGCAUCGGAAGACACGCCAACGACAUUACCCGAUGUUGAGAAGCUUUUGAACCAGCAUCAAAGUAUUCGUGAAGAAAUUGACAACUACACUGAAGAUUACAGCAAGAUGAUGGAAUAUGGUGAAGGUUUAACAUCUGAUCCAUCGACAAACACAGAUCCACAAUAUAUGUUCUUGCGUGAACGUUUGAAGGCGCUUAAAGAUGGUUGGGAGGAGUUGCAACAAAUGUGGGAGAAUCGCCAAGUUUUGUUGUCACAAAGUCUCGAUCAACAACUUUUCAAUCGCGAUGCACGUCAAGCUGAAGUUCUUCUGAGUCAACAAGAACAUGUCUUGAGCAAAGAUGACACGCCAGUUAACUUGGAACAAGCUGAAAAUCAAUUGAAACGUCAUGAAGCAUUCUUAACAACAAUGGAAGCAAAUGAUGAGAAGAUCAACACAAUCGUUCAAGUUUCGGAUACUUUGGUUGAGAAGGAACAUUUCGAUGCUGAUCGUAUUCAUAAGCGUGCUGAAAAUAUUGCACAGCGUCGUGAUGCAAAUCGUGAUCGCGCAAUAGAACUUCAUGAGAAGUUGAAGAAUCAACCUGAAUUCCGUGAAAUCAUCACACCGAAAUUGCAAGAUUUGGGAAAACACUUUGAUGAUUUAGAAGAUACAACUAAGGAGAAGGGAGCUUUACUCUUCGAUGCUAAACGUGAAACGAUUGUACAACAAAGUGUUGAUGACAUUGAUUCAUGGAUGGAUGAUUUAGAGAAACAAAUUGUUAAUCCUGACACUGGCAAUGACUUGACAUCGGUCAAUAUUCUCAUGCAGAAACAACAAAUUAUUCAAACACAAAUGGCAUUAAAAGCGAAACAAGUUGAUGAAUUGGACAAACAAACAGAAGUUCUUGCUCGUACAAUUCCAAGCGAUAAAGUUGAACCAAUUGUCAUUAAGAAGCAGCAAGUUGGUGAACGUUUCGAACGUAUUAAAGCACCUUUAUUGGAACGACAGAAGCAAUUGGAAAAGAAGAAAGAAGCAUUCCAAUUCCGUCGCGAUGUUGAAGAUGAAAAAUUGUGGAUUGAUGAGAAACUUCCAUCGGUUCUUACUGACGAAAUUGGAAAUUCAUUGUUCAACGUUCACAUGUUGAAGAANAAAGUCGAACAAAUUGUAUCAUCGGGUGAGAUCGGUCAUGAUUUGACGACAAUUAAUUUGUUAUUGUCCAAACACAAAGCACUUGAAUCUGAAAUUAAUUCGCAUGAUCCACAAUUGAUGUCAGUCGUUGCUGUUGGUGAUGAAUUAGUUCGUCAAGGACAUUUCGGAUCAGAUCAAAUUAAAGAUCGAUUGAAGGAGAUUCUUGCAACAUGGAAUCAUCUCUUGGAUUUGACAGCAUAUCGUCGUAAGCGUUUGGAAGAUGCCGUCGAUUACUUCCAAAUGUUUGCUGAUGCUGACGACAUCGAUGCUUGGAUGCUUGAUGCACUUCGUUUGGUAUCAUCGGAAGAUGUUGGACGUGACGAAGACAAUGUCCAAUCUUUGUUGAAGAAACACAAAGACGUCGCUGAAGAAUUGAAGAGUUAUUCAGAUACAAUCGACCAACUUCAUGCUCAAGCUGGUAAACUCACUCUCAACGACGAAGAACAACAGAAAGUUAAUGAACGUCUUGGAGCUAUUGACGCUCGUUACAAGGAGUUGAUGGAACUUUCCAAACUUCGCAAACAACGCUUGUUGGAUGCUCUCAGUUUGUAUAAAUUGUUAUCAGAAAGUGACGGCGUCGAGCAAUGGAUUGGCGAGAAAGAAAAGAUGUUAACAACAAUGACGCCUGGAAAAGAUAUCGAAGAUGUUGAAAUCUUGAAGCAUCGUUAUGAUGGCUUCGAUAAGGAAAUGAAUUCAAAUGCAUCACGUGUCGCUGUUGUCAAUCAACUUGCACGUCAACUUCUUCAUGUUGAACAUCCAGAUUCGGAACAAAUUGUUGCACGACAAAAUCAUUUGAAUCAAGAAUGGGGACGAUUACGUGACAAGGCCGAAGGUAAACGAGAUGAACUUAACUCAGCUCAUGGUGUUCAAACAUUCUACAUUGAAUGUCGUGAAACAAUUUCAUGGAUUGAAGAUAAGAAGAGAAUCUUAACCGAAACUGAUAAUUUGGAGAUGGACUUGACUGGUGUCAUGACAUUGCAACGUCGUUUGAGUGGAAUGGAACGUGACCUUGCUGCAAUUCAAGCUAAACUCACAGCACUUGAACAUGAAGCUGAUGCGAUUGAACACGAUCAUCCCGAAGAAGCCGCAAUUAUUCGUGAGAGAAUUUCACAAAUACAAAUCAUUUGGGAACAAUUAACAGCAAUGUUGAAAGAGCGCGAUUCAAAAUUGGAAGAAGCUGGCGACUUGCAUCGUUUCUUACGCGAUUUGGAUCACUUCCAGACAUGGUUGACAAAAUCACAGACAGAUGUUGCAUCGGAAGAUACGCCAACGACAUUACCCGAUGCUGAGAAGCUUUUGAACCAACAUCAAAGUAUUCGUGAAGAAAUUGACAACUACACUGAAGAUUACAGCAAGAUGAUGGAAUAUGGUGAAGGUUUAACAUCUGAUCCAUCGACAAACACAGAUCCACAAUAUAUGUUCUUGCGUGAACGUUUGAAGGCGCUUAAAGAUGGUUGGGAGGAGUUGCAACAAAUGUGGGAGAAUCGCCAAGUUUUGUUGUCACAAAGUCUCGAUCAACAACUUUUCAAUCGCGAUGCACGUCAAGCUGAAGUUCUUCUGAGUCAACAAGAACAUGUCUUGAGCAAAGAUGACACGCCAGUUAACUUGGAACAAGCUGAAAAUCAAUUGAAACGUCAUGAAGCAUUCUUAACAACAAUGGAAGCAAAUGAUGAGAAGAUCAACACAAUCGUUCAAGUUUCGGAUACUUUGGUUGAGAAGGAACAUUUCGAUGCUGAUCGUAUUCAUAAGCGUGCUGAAAAUAUUGCACAGCGUCGUGAUGCAAAUCGUGAUCGCGCAAUAGAACUUCAUGAGAAGUUGAAGAAUCAACCUGAAUUCCGUGAAAUCAUCACACCGAAAUUGCAAGAUUUGGGCAAACACUUUGAUGAUUUAGAAGACACAACUAAGGAGAAGGGAGCUUUACUCUUCGAUGCUAAACGUGAAACGAUUGUACAACAAAGUGUUGAUGACAUUGAUUCAUGGAUGGAUGAUUUAGAGAAACAAAUUGUUAAUCCUGACACUGGCAAUGACUUGACAUCGGUCAAUAUUCUCAUGCAGAAACAACAAAUUAUUCAAACACAAAUGGCAUUAAAAGCGAAACAAGUUGAUGAAUUGGACAAACAAACAGAAGUUCUUGCUCGUACAAUUCCAAGCGAUAAAGUUGAACCAAUUGUCAUUAAGAAGCAGCAAGUUGGUGAACGUUUCGAACGUAUUAAAGCACCUUUAUUGGAACGACAGAAGCAAUUGGAAAAGAAGAAAGAAGCAUUCCAAUUCCGUCGCGAUGUUGAAGAUGAAAAAUUGUGGAUUGAUGAGAAACUUCCAUCGGUUCUUACUGACGAAAUUGGAAAUUCAUUGUUCAACGUUCACAUGUUGAAGAAGAAUAAUCAAACAUUAAAAACAGAAAUUGAGAAUCAUGAGCCAAAAAUCAUGACAAUUUGUAAUAAUGGUCAGAAAUUGAUUGAUAAAGGACACGAAGAUGCAAGUGAAUUUGCUGUUUUGAUCAGUGGAUUAACACAAAGAUGGCAAGAGCUUAAAGAUGCUUUAGCACAACGUCGUAAACGUUUGGAGAAUAGUGAACGUGUUCAACAAUAUUUCUUCGAUGCACAAGAAGCUGAAUCAUGGAUGAGCGAACAAGAACUUUACAUGAUGGUUGAAGACCGUGGAAAGGACGAAAUUUCAGCACAAAAUUUGAUGAAGAAACAUGAAACAUUGGAGCAAUCAGUUGAAGAUUAUGCAGAUACAAUUCGUCAAUUGGGCGAGACAGCACGUCAACUCACAGCUGAAAAUCAUCCACACAGUGAUCAAGUUGCUGUUAAGCAAUCGCAAUUGGAUAAAUUAGAUGAAGCACUUCAACUCUUCUACUUCAAUCGCGAGGUUGAUGACUUGGAACAAUGGAUUGCUGAACGCGAAUUAGUUGCUGGAGCGCAAGAACUUGGACAAGAUUACGAUCAUGUCACAUUAUUAUGGGAAAGAUUUAAAGUAUUUGCACAAGACACAUCAAACAUUGGUAGUGAACGUGUCGCUAAAGCAAAUGGAAUUGCUGAUGAACUCAUUCAUGCUGGUCACUCAGAUUCAGCUAUUAUCGCCGAAUGGAAGGAUAAUUUGAAUUAUUCAUGGCAAGACUUAUUGGAAAUGAUCGAAACACGAACACAAAUGCUUGCAGCAUCACGUGAAUUAUACAAAUUCUUCCACGAUUGUAAAGAUGUCUUGAGUCGAAUCUUAGAGAAGCAACAUGGAGUAUCCGAUGAGUUGGGACGUGAUGCUGGAAGUGUUUCAGCACUUCAACGUAAACAUCAAAACUUUAUGCAAGAUUUGUUGACGUUACAAUCGCAAGUUCAACAAAUUCAAGAGGAAUCAUCGAAACUUCAAGCUUCUUAUGCUGGUGACAAAGAAAGAGAAAUUAUUAAUCGUGAACAGGAAGUUCUUCAAGCUUGGGCUAAUCUUCAAGGAAUGUGUGAUUCACGACACAUGAAAUUGUCUGACACAGGCGAUCUUUUCAAAUUCUUUAACAUGGUACGCAUUCUUAUGCUCUGGAUGGAAGAUGUUGUUCGUCAAAUGAACACAAGCGAAAAACCACGUGAUGUUUCGGGCGUUGAAUUAUUGAUGAACAAUCAUAUUAUCAGUCGCGAUCAACAACAUUAUAAGAACUUCGUGGGACAAGAACAUCAGCGAGAUUAUCGAAGCAAAAUGAAGAUUGUUUUAAAAUUGCAAAUCAAACACCAAAGGAAUAUGACAAUUCGUGCAGAAGUUCUUCAAGCUUGGGCUAAUCUUCAAGGAAUGUGUGAUUCACGACACAUGAAAUUGUCUGACACAGGCGAUCUUUUCAAAUUCUUUAACAUGGUACGCAUUCUUAUGCUCUGGAUGGAAGAUGUUGUUCGUCAAAUGAACACAAGCGAAAAGCCACGUGAUGUUUCGGGCGUUGAAUUAUUGAUGAACAAUCAUCAGAGCUUGAAAGCGGAAAUUGAUACACGCGAAGAUAACUUUAGUGUUUGUCUAGCUCUUGGAAAAGAGUUAUUGUCACGUAAUCACUAUGCAUCAGCUGACAUUAAAGAUCGUUUGUUACAAUUGACAAAUAGUCGCAAUGCAUUGCUUAACCGAUGGGAGGAACGUUGGGAGAAUCUUCAGCUGAUUUUGGAAGUUUAUCAAUUUGCACGAGAUGCUGCUGUCGCUGAAGCUUGGUUGAUAGCCCAAGAACCUUAUCUUAUGUCAUCUGAAUUGGGUCAUACGAUUGAUGAAGUUGAAAAUUUGAUUAAGAAACAUGAAGCAUUUGAAAAGUCAGCUGCCGCACAAGAAGAAAGAUUUAGUGCACUUGAGCGAUUGACUACGUUUGAGCUCAAGGAAAUGAAACGAAGACAAGAAGCAGCUGAAGAAGCAGAACGUCAAAGAUUACAAGCUGAAGCUGAUCAACGAGCUAAGGAAGAAGCUGAAAUAAGAAAAGCUGAAGCAGCUUCAAAAGAUCAACGUGAUGCCGGAACACCGUCACGUGAAGAAGUUGUCACAAUGCGAGCCUCUUCACCAAUUGAUAAAGAAAGACCUGUUUCGCAACCAGUAUCUGAAGAACCACCAGCUACGCCAACAAGUAUUUUGAAGAAGACGUCGGCACAUCAAACUGUCUAUAAGUCAACUGAAUUGAGAGCAUUACAAUCACCACCGACAACCCCACUUAAAGGCGACACGUCAUCUUUGAAUCGAAGUCAAUCUUCAUCAGUUAAAGUAAAGCGUAGGUCACGUUCAAAGAGUCCAUUCCGUAGUUUCCGUUGGAAACGUUCAUCAACUACAAAUGCAGAUCAGUCUGAUGAUGAUGAAGAUCGUCCAAGUCCAGCCGGAGAAGAUGGUGUUAUUGAAGGUGUUUUAACAAGAAAACAUGAAUGGGAAAGCACAACCAAGAAAGCUUCAAAUCGAUCAUGGGACAAGGUUUAUGUUGUGUCAAAAACUGGACGCGUUUCCUUCUAUAAAGACCAGAAAGCAUAUAAGAGCCAACCAGAUCAAACAUUCCGCGGUGAACCAGCACUUGAAUUGCAAGGUGCUAUUGUUGAAAUCGCCAGCGACUACACAAAGAAGAAGCAUGUGUUCAGAAUCAAGCUUUCCAAUGGGGGUGAAUUCUUAUUGCAAUCCCAUGAUGACGCUGAAAUGCAACAAUGGGUUGGUUCAUUAAAAGCCCAAUGCGACCAAACCGGCGCCGAAAGUCGAUCACAAACAUUGCCAGCUUCAUCACAAAAAGAUGAACCAAAACGAAGAUCAUUCUUCACCCUCAAGAAAAAAUUGAAUGCGGAAUGGCCACUGAACAAAAAUUUGAAAGAAUGUUGGGGGCCAUGCCUUAAACUAAAACCUAUAAAAAUUAACAAAAUAAUUAAAUGUUUUGAGAUAAGAAUUGAUUACGGUGCAGAUGACUUUGGGAAUAACUCCAAAUUGAUAGAACAGCAAAAAAAUCAAAUUUCGAUUUCAACACAAUCAAAUAUUGUGCAAAAUAAUAAACGCGAACAGGUUGAGGAUAUUAAUCGUAAGCCUAAAACAAUUAGGAUAAUUAAGGAUCAAUCUGGCUUUGGAUUUAAUGUUAGAGGACAAAUUUCUGGUAAGUUCGAUAAUCUUCCCCGGAGGAUAUUUUUUCUUUCUAUUGGAAAAAAGUUCCUUUGGUUUGUGACGUGUCUUCUUGUCGGUUCAUGUCUUAUGAGGCGUAAAACAUUUAAUUUCAUCUUUUUGUACACAGCUGGUGGACAGUUAAAAUCGAUAAACGGAGAGCUUUAUGCGCCCUUACAGCACGUAUCAGCAAUCCUUGAGAAUGGUUCCGCAGAACGAGCCGGUAUUCGAAAAGGUGAUAGGAUUCUUGAAGUUAACGGCGUUAAUGUAGAAGGUGCAACACAUAAGCAAGUUGUAGAUCUCAUCAAAUCUGGCGGCGAUUGUUUGACAUUGACAGUGAUUUCAGUGACACCACAAGAAGCUGAUCGACUCGAGCCAACGGAAGAUUCAAGCGGAUACUCUUACAUUGAUUAUAGUGAAAAACGUUCAUUACCAAUCAGCAUUCCCGAUUACAGCAUAAUAACACGUAAUGGCGAGAAAUAUGUCGUGUUUUCGAUUCACAUGGCAGGUCGUCAAUUAUGCUCACGAAGAUAUCGUGAAUUUGCGAAUCUCCAUGCAACGUUAAAGAAAGAAUUCAUUGGAUUUAAUUUCCCAAAACUACCAGGAAAAUGGCCAUUUCAACUAAGCGAACAACAACUCGAUGCAAGACGACGAGGACUCGAGCAGUAUCUUGAGAAAGUUUGUGCUGUUCGUGUCAUUGCAGAGAGUGAAGCGGUUCAAGAAUUUCUCACUGAUUCUGAAGAUGAUUUAUCAGCUGGUGUUGAUAUUAAAAUCAUGCUUCCUGAUCGUAAUGUCGUCACUGUAUCUGUCCGAAAAUCAUCAAAUGCUCAACAGGUGUGGGAACAGCUUGUACAAAAGGCAAACUUCACAUCUUACACCCAACAGUAUUUUUAUCUCUUCGAGAUUGUUGAAUACAGCUUCGAGAGGAAAUUGCAACCACCAGAAAUUCCCCAUCAGCUUUAUGUGAAUAAUUACAGUACAAGCAGUGCAACAUGUUUGUGUGUCCGUCGAUGGCUUUUCUCAAUAAAUCGUGAAUUGUCAUUGCCAAGUGGAGAGCAAGCAGCAAAAUUCAUCUUCUAUCAGGCAAUUGAUGAAGUAAAUCGUGGUAAUGUGAGAGCAGAUGGACGUUUAUAUGAAUUAAAGGCAUUGCAAGAGGGUAAACCGACAGAAUAUUUGGAAUUAGCACGACAACUUCCCGGUUAUGGUGAUAUUGUGUUUCCACAUUGUGCAUGUGAUAGUCGUAAAGAAGGGCAUGUUAUUCCUGCUGUUGGAAUCUCAAGCUUUCGACUGCAUGCUUGUCGCGAUGAUGGAACACUUGAACAACAAACUGUUGAAUUACAAUGGGACACAAUUACGAGAUGGGAAAGUGAUGAAGAGUCGAUGUGCUUUUGCUUUCAAUACAGUCGAUCGAAUCAAAAGCCUCCACGAUGGGUGAAAGUCUUUACACCAUAUCAUGCGUUUAUGGCUGAUUGUUUCGAUAGAAUAAUGGAAGAACGUAAAUGGGAUGAUACUGGUGAAUAAUAACAUUAAUUUGACGAAUAUUCACUCGGAAUCGCUUAAAACUCAAACUUUUUAUUUACAACUAAAAAGAGAAAUAUUAAUUAUAAUGGGAAAUCCUAAAAAUAUUAUGUAAAGUACUAAGAAAUCUCAGUAAUUUUUUAUUCUUUUUUUCACUGUAGAUUAUGUGAUUUUUUUUCAAUUUCUGUUAGAAAUAGUUCGUAGAUUAAAAUGAGGAUAGGAUAAAAUUGCGGGAGGGAAAAUGCUGAAAUCUAAAAUGCCUCAAUUUUGAAAUUCGCCAUUUUCUCUCCCACAAUUUUCUCCUAUUCUUGUUUAAAUCUCUAAAGUAUCAAAUUUAGGAAAGAAUUUUAUGAAUUUUUCUAAUAAGAGAAAAAUAAUUAUUACUGAAAGAAAACUGACAUAAUCUUCAUUAAUUUCAAAUAGAUAUUAAUCAUUGGCACUCUUCUGACUUGUUGGCCAUACUCAGAAAAGGAUUUCACUCAUAAUUUUUCUUAUUGUGAUUUUUUUUUCGAUCUUGUUAAGAGAAGAAAAGUUUGAAAGUGAAAAACAUGGAGAUGAAAGUUCCGGGAAAGUAUUUAUUAGCGUUAAAGUAAGUGUUGUGUAAAAGAGUCAGUUAAGCGGAAAAAAGGAUUUCAUUUAAAAAGAUGAAAUUUGAUGUUACAAACUUUUAGGUAAAUCUAUUGUUGCGUGAACUUUUCACGGUUUAAAAGGGAAGAAAAAAUAUAUAAAUUUAUGAUGUAGAAAAUCGCUAAAUGAAUUUUACACGAAGGUUUUGAAAUGAAAGACGUAAGAAGGUGGCAAAUUGAGUAAAAAUGAAAAUUUCGAGGCAUUCGAAACGUUUUUUUCUAAAAGAUUUUCAGAAUUAAUUUUUUUUUCUUCGUAUCAAGUUUGUCGCUUUUCUAAUAUGAAAGUGUUCAAUAAGUUAUUUAAUUCCAUACUUGACAGGAAAUUAAUUUUGAAGAUUUGUGAACGAAUUCUGACGUUUCGGGUAUCUCCAAUUGGAUAGAAAUGCAAUCCUAGCAUCUCAUGAUGAUUUCCAUUCACAAAAUAUUUAAAACCUUAAUGUAAAAUUUCAAUUGACAAACCUUGAAACCCAAUUUUCUCAGAUAGAAAAUUAUCUUUCAAUAUUCUUAACAAAAACAAAAUUAUUCAACUAAAUCAAUAAAAAGCGAAGUUGAAUGUGCACCAAGUUAGAUUUAAAUAGAUUUUCUUUUUCACUUCAGCCACUAUACAACAAAUGAUUAAAUUUAUUUUAUUCUUAACUUUUCCAACGCUUUAAUGCAUUGCAAUUAUUUUUCAAACAACGCAUUUCCAAUGCAAUAGACGGAAACAAUGUAUCAAUAAAAAAGAAAAACUCUCACUAUUGAAGUUUAUAUGAAGUUCUAGUUAUCUAAUACUUUAUGACAUUAACAAUGAAUAAGAAAAAAUAUUAAUAAAUGAUGAAUAAAAACAAAACCUGUAAUAUUUGUAUUUCUGAUAUGAAACAGAUUUCUAUUUAAUGGAGACAUUUCAAAAAUAAAGAAACAAGAUGAUUAG